ACCGCCAUUAUCAUAAAGAAAAACUGCAUUUGUUAAACUCGAUACCUAACCUGAGCGCUAUCAAUUCAUUCGCAAUCAGAGUGCUCGAUUCUGCAUCCUUCUUCUCCUUCAAUUUGUAUUCAGAUCUUCGGAUUCGUUAACACCAUGGCAACCGCAUCAGUGGCAUUUAAGUCGAGGGAGGAUCAUCGCAAACAGAUUGAGUUGGAGGAAGCCCGUAAAGCUGGGCUUGCUCCAGCUGAGGUGGACGAAGAUGGAAAGGAAAUCAAUCCCCAUAUUCCGCAGUAUAUGUCUUCUGCGCCUUGGUAUCUUAAUGCUGAGAGACCUAGUUUGAAACAUCAAAGGAAAUGGAAAUCUGAUCCCAACUACACUAAAUCAUGGUAUGAUAGAGGUGCUAAAACAUUUCAGGCUGACAAGUUCAGGAAAGGUGCAUGUGAGAACUGUGGUGCAAUGACACAUGAUGCAAAGUCAUGUAUGGAAAGACCACGAAAAGCAGGAGCAAAGUGGACAAACAAGCACAUUGCCCCUGAUGAAAAGGUAGAAACUUUUGAGCUUGACUAUGAUGGAAAACGGGACAGAUGGAAUGGGUAUGAUGCAUCAACUUAUGCUCGAGUCAUUGAGAGGUAUGAAGCUAGAGAUGAAGCUCGAAAGAAGUACUUGAAGGAACAACAGCUGAAGAAAUUGGAGAAGAGUGACCAAAAUGGUGAGGGUUCUGCUAGUGAUGAGGAUGAAGACGAAGAUGAUCUAAGGGUAGAUGAGGCAAAGGUUGAUGAGAGCAAACAAAUGGAUUUUGCAAAGGUUGAGAAGCGAGUACGUACAACUGGUGGUGGGAGUACAGGAACUGUGAGGAACCUACGUAUUCGAGAGGAUACUGCAAAAUAUCUUCUUAAUCUUGAGGUCAAUUCUGCUCAUUAUGAUCCCAAGACCAGGUCAAUGCGUGAAGAUCCUCUUCCAGAUGCAGAUCCAAAUGAGAAGUUUUAUCUGGGUGAUAACCAAUAUAGAAAUAGUGGUCAAGCUUUGGAAUUCAAGGAAUUAAACAUCCAUGCUUGGGAAGCAUUUGACAAGGGGCAAGAUGUUCAUAUGCAAGCAGCUCCAUCCCAAGCUGAAUUGCUCUAUAAGAAUUUCAAGGUCAUGAAGGAGAAAUUGAAGUCUCAAACAAAGGAUACUAUCCUCGAGAAGUAUGGCAAUGCAGCUGAUGAGGACAAACUUCCAAGAGAACUUCUGCUUGGUCAGAGUGAGGGCCAAGUUGAGUAUGAUCGUGCUGGUAGAAUUAUUAAGGGACAGGAAGCAGCAGUCCCCAGGAGCAAGUAUGAAGAAGAUGUUUACAUUAACAACCACACAACUGUUUGGGGCUCUUGGUGGAAGGAUCACCAAUGGGGCUUCAAGUGUUGCAAGCAGACAAUACGUAAUAGCUAUUGUACCGGUGCUGCUGGUAUUGCGGCUGCUGAGGCUGCAAAUGACCUUAUGAGGGCUAAUAUUGCCCGUAAGGAGGCUGCUGCAGAGGAUGCUAAACCAAUGGAGGAGAAAAGGCUGGCUACAUGGGGAACUGAUGUCCCUGAUGACCUAGUUCUGGAUGAAAAAUUGCUUGCAGAUGCACUCAAAAAGGAGGAUCAAAGAAAGAGAGAAGAGAAAGAUGACAGGAAGCGUAAAUAUAAUGUUAGAUGGAACGAUGAGGUUACUGCAGAGGAUAUGGAGGCAUACAGGAUGAAGAAAGUACAUUCUGAUGAUCCAAUGAAGGAUUUCUUGAACUGAAGUUCGAGAGGGCAAAAAGGCCUGCAUUUUCAUAAACCUUCAUGUUGUUUUGUUAUUGGAUUAUCACUUCGGCUUCCUUGAUAUCCUUUGAGCAGUAUGACAAGAGGAGCUGAGUGGAACUCUAAUGCUUGUACAGUUUUAUUUGUAUGCCAAGUUAUCUAUGUUUCAAAUACUUGGCAGUUUUAAUGACCUGGUAUCUUUAUCAAUCAACUUCGUUUCAAUUAUGUAUCCUCCCUUCCCUGAGAUUCACAACCUUUGAUAGAGCCAUGAUACAGAUGUUACUCUGUACUGAUAGUAUGUGGAUCGAUCUCAAGUGAAGUAGGCAUGUAAGUGGCUACAGUCACAAACUCUACGUAGUAGUGUUUUUUUGUUUUUCUAUCUAAAAUAUGGCCUUAAAUGA